AACUGUUCAAAACAUCUCUGAGUACAUAUUUAUAUAGUGUUCAAAAAGGAAUGGAGGAUAGCGAAGAAAACAAUCUGCAGUCAGUUAAAGAGGGAAAUGAGACUUUUGACUUGAAUUUAGAUAUGAAUGAAAAUGUCAAUGAUGCAACAAGGCCUGAUCUUGUGAAACAAUGCCAACCGAAAGAAGAAGCAAAUUUUAUUGACGACAAAGGGAUAUCCAAACAACUUGAAGACGGAGGCUAUUCACCUGCCAGGAAAUCUUUUCCAUCUAGUGACGAGUUGCAAAGAAGAGUACAACAACAAAUAGACGACAUAAAUGCAAAACGUAAAAGAGACACAGAUCUGUUAAAUGACUUUAGGAAGGGUCUGGAGAUGCAAGUUUCUAAAACUUGUGGAGCCAUUGAAGAAGCAAUUGUCAAGUCAUAUGAAGAUAAAAGCCAUGUUAUAGAGAGCAAGUUGCAAGAGAUUUUUGCAGCUUUGGARAGAAUAAGGCAACUAGAAGACGAAUUGAAAAAUUUCAAGAAAACUCUUGGUUUGUUGUAUACGGACAUGCAAAAUGUAUAGCAUGGACCAAGUAAUUAUGAUKUGAUGAAUCAGCAUUAAUUUCUAGUAUUUUUUCACUAACUAGAAAUCUUGAAUGUAAUGUGAAUGUAUGUAAAUAAAAAUAAAGAAAA